AAGAAGUGCCUAUGCUUUCCACAAGUGAAGAAAGGAGGAGACCCCAGAGGAAGAAAGAGGAACCACUUCAAAAACCUGACACAAUUAGAGGACGUGACAUGUUGACGAAGCAAGGAAGAGGUAUGAAAUGUGUUGGCUUGGUGCUCCUUCAGUAAUGCAUGAUCCUGCAGUUCCAUCUUCUCCGCAAUGGAAACAAUAGCUGGAAAGGAACUCUGGUUUUCUUUGAAAUGGCCAUAAGGAUUUUACUGGAGUGAUUGGAGGCAAGUAGGGUAUAGAAACAAGCUGCUCAUUUCAGCUGAAGAUGACAGGCCAGGUGGCCGACAGAGACUUGUCCCCCCAUCGUCUCUCAGUGAAGACCACUGUGGAGGAGGAGCCAGAGAGGGAGAGAGCUGAGAGUACUCUCAGCAGAGUGCCAUCAGAAUGUGAUCAUGAUAAUGAUGACACAUCCUCAGAGCUGGCACGGGUGGCCGCUCUCGAUGGUGGACACAACUCAAGGAACUCUUUUCAAGGACGGGGAGCUCUGUCUAGAUUAGUGAAUUUGGUGGUGAUUCUGAGGGAGUGGGCACACAGGAGCCUUGUAGAGGAGGAGGAGCGGCCAGACUCUUUCUUGGAACGCUUCCGUGGCCCUGAGCUAAGGACUGCCCCUAGUCGCAUCAGCAAUACGCAGCCUGAUGCCAAUGGCAACAAUACCAAAGGGAGAUUUAGGAAAAAAUGGGGUGUGUUCGUUGUGUCCCCAUCAGACGACAUGUACUACCGUUGGCUGUUUGUUAUUGCUAUAGCUGUGCUCUACAACUGGAUCCUCAUUGUGGCUAGGGCAUGCUUUGACAAACUGCAGACAAGCAAUUACAUCUGCUGGUUGGUGCUGGACUACCUUUCAGACGCUUUGUACAUCCUGGACACAUGUGUCCGACUCCGCACAGGGUUUCUGGAGCAGGGUCUGCUGGUGAAGGACCUCUCCAAGCUGAGAGACAGCUAUGUCCGCACAUUUCAGUUCAAGCUGGAUGUCGUGUCCAUCCUACCCACUGAUCUGGCCUACAUAUCCACAGGAAUCCACACCCCAGAGCUCAGAUUCAAUCGCCUGCUGCGAUUCCCACGCAUGUUUGAGUUCUUUGACCGCACUGAGACACGCACGAACUACCCCAACAUCUUCCGCAUCUGCAACUUGGUGCUCUACAUCCUGGUCAUCAUCCACUGGAACGCCUGCAUCUACUUUGCUAUUUCCAAAUCUCUAGGGUUUGGCUCUGAUACCUGGGUGUACCCCAACAUCUCCAACCCCGAGUAUGGCUCCCUAACCCGGGGCUAUGUCUACUGCCUGUACUGGUCCACCCUCACCCUCACCACUAUUGGAGAGAUGCCUGCACCUGUACGGGAUGAGGAGUAUCUUUUUGUGGUCUUUGACUUCCUCGUUGGGGUGCUGAUCUUUGCCACGAUUGUGGGUAAUGUUGGCUCCAUGAUUUCCAACAUGAAUGCCACACGUGCAGAGUUUCAGGCCCGUAUUGAUGCCAUCAAACACUACAUGCACUUCCGCCGGGUCAGCAAGGAGCUGGAAGCACGCGUCAUUAAGUGGUUUGACUACCUCUGGACUAAUAAGAAAGCAGUGGAUGAGCAGGAGGUAUUGAAGAACUUGCCUAACAAAUUGCGGGCUGAGAUCGCCAUCAAUGUGCACCUGGAGACCCUGAAGAAAGUGCGUAUCUUUCAGGACUGUGAGGCUGGACUGUUGGUGGAGCUGGUCCUGAAACUCCGGCCACAGGUCUAUAGCCCAGGGGACUACAUCUGCCGCAAAGGGGACAUAGGGAAGGAGAUGUACAUCAUCAAAGAGGGGAAGCUGGCAGUGGUGGCAAAUGACGGGGUCACACAGUACGCCCUCCUCACCGCCGGCAGCUGCUUUGGGGAGAUAAGUAUCCUCAACAUCCAGGGCAGCAAAAUGGGAAACCGCAGGACGGCCAAUAUCCGCAGCAUCGGCUAUUCUGACCUCUUCUGCCUCUCUAAGGAUGACCUGAUGGAAGCAGUGACCGAGUACCCUGAUGCUAAGAAGGUGCUGGAGGAGAGGGGGAAGGAGAUCCUUAUGAAGGAGGGCCUCCUGGAUGAGAAUGCAGAGGCUGGCAGACUGGGUGGAGAGGACACUGAGGAGAAGGUGGAGAGGCUGGAGUCCUCUCUGGACACCCUGCAGACGCGCUUCGCCCGCCUGCUCAGCGAGUACACGGCCACACAGCAGCGGCUGAAGCGGCGCAUCACCAACCUGGAGCGCCAGCUGUGCCACACGGGCUGCGGGAUCCUCUCAGACGCAGACCUCUCUGACGAAGACUCAGCUUCUGAGGCUGAGGCAGACACUCUGGCCGCUGCCAAUACCGUUGAGCAGGGUGACCAUGGAAAUGAUGAGCCGACUGAAUCCACUGUUCAAACUUGAAAGCUGCCUGAGACCAUGGCUCUAGGCCUAGCACUUUCUAAGCACUUUCAAAUUCACAAGGGUAUGCACAAAUGUACAAUAUAUUUCCUUCCUAAUAAGAAAAUAAUUUUCAUAUUAACUUUAUGACGGUUGCAUUAAGAGUACAGUGCCUUCAGAAUCUAUUCACACCCCUUGACCUGUUCUAUAUUUUGUUUUGUUACAGCCUGAAUAGAUUUCAUUUAGAUUUCGUGUCACUGGCCUACACACAAUACCCCAUAAUGACAAACUGGAAUAGUUUUUUUUGCAAUUUUGCAAAUCAAUUAAAAAUUAAAAUCUGAAAUGUCUUGAGUCAGUAAGUAUUCAACCCCUUUGUUAUGGCAAGCCUAAAAAGGUUCAGGAGUAAACAUGUGCAUGGACUCACUAUGUGUGUAAUAAUAGUGAUUAACAUGAUUUUUUAAUGACUACCUCAUCUCUGUACCCCACACAUACAAUUAUCUGUAAAGUCCAUAAGUCGAGCAGUGAUUUUUCAAACACAGAUUCAUCCACAAAGACCAAGGAGGUUUUCCAAUGCCUCGAAAAGAAGGGCUCCUAUUGGUAGAUAAAUAACAUUAAAAACAGACAUUGCAUAUUGCUUUGAGUAUGGUGAAGUUAUUAAUUACACUUUGGAUGGUGUAUCAAUACACCCAGUCACUACAAAGAUACAGGCGUCCUUCCUAACUCAUUUGACGUAGAGGAAGGAAACCACUCAGGAAUUUCACCAUGAGGCCAAUGGUGACUAAAACAGUUACAGAGUUUAAUGGCUGUGAUAGGAGAAAACUGAGGAUGGAUCAACAACAAUGUAGUUACGUCACAAUACGAACCUAAAUGACAAAGUGAAGAGGAAACCUGUACAGAAUAAAACAAUUCCAAAACAUGCAUCCUGUUUGCAAUAAGAAACCAAUAUAAAACUGCAAAAGACCUGGCAAACAAAUUAACUUUAUGUCCUGAAUACAAAGCGUUAUAUUUGGGGCAAAUCCAACACAUCACUGAGUACCACUCUUCAUAUUUUCAAUCAUGGUGGUGGCUGCAUCAUGUUAUGGGUAAUGUCUGUCAUCAGCAAGGACUAGGAUUUUUUUGGGGGAUAAAAAGAAACAGAAUGGAGCUAAGCCCAAGCAAAAUCCUAGAGGAAAACGUGGUUCAGUCUGCUUUUCAACAGGCACUGAGACAAAUUCACAUUUCAGCAGGACCUAAAACACAAGGCCAAAUAUACACUGGAGUUGCUUACCAAGACAAUAUCGAAUGUUCCUGAGUCGUCUAGUUAUAGUUCUGAUUUAAAUUGGCUUGAAAAUCUAUGGCAAGACGGAUGUCUUGCAAUAACCAACUUCACAGAGCUUGAAGAAUUUUUAAAGAAUAAUGUGCAAAUAUUGUACAAUUCAGGUGUUGAAACCUCUUAGAGACUUACCCAGAAAGACACACAGCUGUAAUUGCAGCCAAAGUGUGAAUACUUACAUAAAUAUCUAAUUUAUGCAUUUCAUUUUCAAUACAUUUGCAAAAUAUUCUAAAAACAUGUUUUCACUUUGUCAUUAUGUGGUAUUGUGUGCAGAUCAUUGAGAGAAACUAUUUAAUCUAUUUUGAAUUCAGGCUGUAACACAACAAAAUGUGGAAUAAGUCAAUGGGUAUGAACACUUUCUGAAGGCUCUGUACGUGUCAAGGUGUGUAUAAAGGCGAAGUCAGGUGCAGGAGAGCAGAGUAUGAUAAAUUAAGCUCACUUUACUAUAGUUCUAAACCGGGAGCACAACAAAACAAACGCGCUCAAAAAACGGAACAAUAAAGUAAAGCGCAAUUAAAUCAAAUCAAUUUUUUUUAUAUAGACCUUCGUACAUCAGCUGAUAUCUCAAAGUGCUGUACAGAAACCCAGCCUAAAACCCCAAACAGCAAGCAAUGCAGGUGUAGAAGCACGGUGGCUAGGAAAAACUCCCUAGAAAGGCCAAAACCUAGGAAGAAACCUAGAGAGGAACCAGGCUAUGUGGGGUGGCCAGUCCUCUUCUGGCUGUGCCGGGUGGAGAUUAUAACAGAACAUGGCCAAGAUGUUCAAAUGUUCAUAAAUGACCAGCAUGGCCCAAUAAUAAUAAGGCAGAACAGUUGAAACUGGAGCAGCAGCACGGCCAGGUGGACUGGGGACAGCAAGGAGUCAUCAUGUCAGGUAGUCCUGAGGCAUGGUCCUAGGGCUCAGGUCCUCCGAGAGAGAGAAAGAAAGAGAGAAAGAGAGAAUUAGAGAGAGCACACUUAAAUUCACACAGGACACUGAAUAGAACAGGAGAAGUACUCCAGAUAUAACAAACUGACCCUAGCCCCCCGCCACAUAAACUACUGCAGCAUAAAUACUGGAGGCUGAGACAGGAGGUGUUACACACAAAACAAUUACACACAAAACAUGAUGGGAAACAGAGGGUUAAAUACAAUUAGAUUGAUUGGGGAAAUGAAAACCAGGUGUGUAUGAAAGCAAGACAAGACAAAUGGAUAUAUGAAAAAUGGAGCGGCGAUGGCUAGAAAGCCGGUGACGCCGAACGAACAAGGAGAGGAGCCGACUUCGGUGGAAGUACCCCCCCCCCCUUGACGCGCGGCUCCUACACCGGCCUCGAGGACGACCCGGAGGACGAGGUGCAGGGCGAUCCGACCGGCGAUGGUGAAACUCCCGCAGUAGUUCGGGAUCCAAAAUAUCUGCAACCAGAACCCAGCACCUCUCCUCCGGUCCGUACCCCUCCCACUCCACGAGGUACUGAAGGCCCCCACCCGACGCCUCGAAUCCAGGAUGGAACGAACGAUGUAUGCCGGGGUGGAGGGACCUCCCGCACCUCAGAUUCCUGGAGUGGACCAGCCACCACCGGCCUGAGGAGAGACACAUGGAACGAGAGGUUAAUACGAUAAUAAGAGAGUAGUUGUAAUCUGUAACAUACUUCGUUCACCCUCCUCAGGACUUUAAAUGGCCCCACAAACCCCACAUCCUGGUUGACUCUCUCUACCUGCCCGUUACUUUCGGGGUGAAAACCUGAGAUAAGGCUGAUCGAUCAAUGAGAAAGCAACUGAUUCUCUCCUCAUGAUUCCCCUGCAUAACCAUGGCCAAGGAGAUGGUGGCCUCGCUGAUUAGCCCGGACCCUAAUGGUCGACUAUCUAGAGCGUGUACCGGGAAAGGUCUAACUAUAGGGAAAAUGGGGAUCCCUAACCGAAUGGCUAAGGCUCUGUCGAUAAAAUUCCCAGCUGCGACUGAAUUGAGGAGCGCCUCAUGCUGGGAAUGUAGGGAAAACAAACAGGCACAAAUAGUUGAUCAACAGAGGACUCUGGAUGAGUGUGGUGCAAACUCACCUGGGGUGAUGCCAGAGUGCCCUGCCUGUUGCCUCGACUUCCAGAGGAACCAACACGGCACCGACCGGCAGUGUUUCCUCUGCGGCCACAGAUGGCGCACGUGAUGGCUCCUCCUCCCGUCUCCCUAUGCGCCGCACCUCCUAACUCCAUGGGCACCGGAGCGGGGUUACUGGAUGAUGGAACCAACAGAGCCCCCUCUGGACGUCCUCGGGUGACCAGAAGGUUAUCCAACCGGAUGGACAAAUCCAGCAGUUGGUCAAAGGUAAUGGUGGCAUCCCUGCAGGCCAGCUCACGUCAGACGUCCUCUUGUAGGCUACAUCUAUAGUGGUCAAUGAGGGCUCUCUCGUUCCAGCCCGCUCCGGCGGCCAAGAUUCAGAAUUCAAGGGCGAAGUCCUGGGCGCUCCUCGUCCCCUGCCUCAAAUGAAAGAGCCUCUCCCCCGCCGCUCUGCCCUCAGGUGGAUGGUCAAAGACGGCCCUGAAGCGACGGGUGAAAGUGGUCUGGAGCCUUCUCUCCAAACGGCGUUUGCCCACUCCAGUGCGCUUCCUGUGAGGCAGGAGACGAGAGCGGCCACUCUCUCCCCUCCCGAGGGAUCUGGGUGCACAGUGGCCAGGUAGAGGUCCAGUUGGAACAAGAAUCCCUGGCACUGUGCUGCCGUUCCAUCAUACUCCCUGGGAAGGGAGAGACGCAUCCCCCCAGAAUUCCCUCCGGAUGGAACGGGUGGAGAUAACCCCGGUUGUGCUGGUCGAGGCACUGGAGAGACCUCCUGUCUCUCCCAGUGGUCCAUGGUCUGGACAACGCGACCCAUCAUGGCACCAAGAGGAUGUAGCAUGGCCGAAUGUUCCUGGACUCGUUCCUGGACUCCUCUAACCGGGGUACCUGUUCCUGCUGACUCCAUAUUCUCUGUGUGUAAUUCGGUCAAGGUGUGUAUAAAGGCGAAGUCAGGUGCAGGAGAGCAGAGUAUGAUAAAUUAAGUGCACUUUACUAUAGUUCUAAACCGGGAGCACAACAAAACAAAUGCACUCAAAAAAACGGAACAAUAAAGUAAAGAGCUAAAGAACUUCGCUUGACAUGAAAACAAUUACACACAAAACAUGAUGGGAAACAGAGGGUUAAAUACAAUUAGAUUGAUUGGGGAAAUGAAAACCAGGUGUGUAUGAAAGCAAGACAAGACAAAUGGAUAUAUGAAAAAUGGAGCGGCGAUGGCUAGAAAGCCGGUGACGCAGAACAAGAAGAGGAGCCCGAAGUCGUGACAGUAUAUAACAAACAUAACUGUGAAAAUCAAGUGUUUUCUUUGAGUUCAAUGCCAAGAUAAGAUGUAGAGUUCUUUAAGCAGAAUAAGAAGAAGAAGAAUAUAGGGUAGAGCAAUGAGUUGCAGGCGUAUACACACAAGUCACAUGCAGUCAUUUUCCACAUUCUUAACCCCGAAGGUAGGUUACAUGAGAACAGAUAAGCAGCACAGAGGGUAAGACAGAUCCUGGAGAGUGCCCUCAACCAACCUCAUAUAACUCUUACCUAAUGAUGAAGUGGGCCAACAACAGAGCAAUCAGCAGUCCCUAGAACAGUAUCUGGUGUAUUUCAUGGUCUUGGAGAUUUGUUGUAUACCCUGAAAACAUUUGGUAUUUUGACACAAUUUGAUCACCAUACUGUGGCCUGUAAUGUGUUUAGUAAUCAUGAGAUGUUGUCUUUACAGCUAAUAGUUGUAUGACCUACCAAGUCUUUGAACACAUUUAACUAAUUCAUGGCAUAUGUGUUCUAAUGUGAAUUUAAAUGUUUGCAGCCCAACAGGUCUUACUCUAAGGUUACUCAUAACCCACUGGACACAAUCUGGUUGAAUCAACGUUGUUUCAACAUAAUUUGUCAACGUAUUGUGCCGUUGAAUGUAUGUUUGAAACAUCUGGAUUUGCAAAAAGUCAUCAACCAGUACUGUUUUCUUAUCAAUUCAACCAGCAUUGCAAACAUCGAAAUGAUGGUAAAACUUAAAUACAUUGACUUAACCUGACUAACAGGUUGUUACAUCAAUCUAAUUUCAACAUACUCAUCAAAACUAUCUAUACGUUGAAAUUGUGUUGAAUAUUCCUCUCAGAAUGGUUAAAAAUCUCACAUAAAAUCGACAUGGAAAUUGCAACUAAAUUAAUUUAAUGUGGUGUUGUAAAUACGUUUGAACAUGCAACACCAAAUCCAGGUCACAUUUUCAUCAUAUUUUAAAUGUUGACAUUUUUGCAUAUUCUUACUAUUUAAUCAAUGUCUGUUUUUCAUCCUAUAUUCAAUUGGGCGGUUGAAAUUAUGUUGAAUUUCAUAUUUGAUUAAAAAUAUUUUGUUUUACCUUGUUUCAAAGUUGACAAUAAAAUGGUAUGUUGAUUCAAUGUCAUUGUUUCAAUGUCAUGCCAUCAACCUAAAUAAAGAGAUACCUAUA